AUGGAGGACGGUGUUAAACGGCUGGACGCGGGAUUUCUGCGUCCACGAACGAGAAGGGUGAAGAGGUCGGACAGCCGCAGCACAACGGGCACCCCCGAAGAGAAGAGACCGAGGACGGCGUUCAGCGGGGAGCAGCUAGCGAGGCUGAAGAGGGAGUUCGCGGAGAACCGAUACCUCACCGAGAAAAGGAGGCAACAGCUCUCGAGGGACCUAGGAUUGAACGAGGCGCAGAUCAAGAUCUGGUUCCAGAACAAGAGGGCGAAGAUCAAGAAGGCCAGCGGCCAGAAGAAUCCCCUGCAGCUACAGCUGAUGGCCGAGGGCCUCUACAAUCACUCGACGGUACCCCUGACCAAGGAGGAAGAGAAGCAGGCCGCCGAACUUCAAGCGAAAUGAUGACGAUAAGAUCGGCCCUUCGGCUUAGAUCCGUCAACGAUCCGUGAGACUACGAACGUGGAACGAACGCCGUUUCGAGUCUCCCAUCGGUAGGGAAAAGGAGGAACGAAGUGUCUCGAUAGUCGACCAAGGACGUUCUCCUUGGGAUGACAUUCCGCUCGAUGGUCGCGACGAGGAUACUAACAAUGUCCUGUAAGUGUGCGAAUAUACAGCGUUCCUCCUUUACAUUCCACGAAAAGUCACGGCGAUACACAAUCCAAAGAUCAAACGUUUUUCGUCAUUUCGAAGCAAGUUUCGACGAGUCAUCGUGUUUACUUUUCGUACGGUAGACUGGGGUAUUUAUUUCGUUAAGGAUACUAGUGCCACUGACUACGGUCGGAUCCGGGGGUCAUUCUGGUAUUUUCGAUCGAAAUUUAUGGAUUCUUUGUCAGUUUCUCUUUUAAUACAAGCAAGAUCUGAAUGAAAAUAAAAAUUAGUAGACAAGUACUCCUUUUUACUUAGAUUACCGAGAUACAGCCAGUCUCGUAAAUAUUCGUACUUUCUGUGAUUAUUAAAAAAGUCUGUCUAAAUUAAACGAUAGGUUCGAUCUUUUCAAAUAAAUGUUUCGUUAUAAAUACAGUGGGUGUAGAAUGUAUUCGUACACCGAUCAAUUUCCCAAAAAACUUUUGUAUGAAAUUGUAGUUUCUUAACUUCUUUUUUUAUAAUCAAUGAUAUUUUAUAUAUUCUCGGAAAUCUCUCGGAAAUAGUCCAAACAACAUUUACUAGUUAAUAUAAUUUGUGAAAUUAACAAAAUAAUGCGAAAAGUGGGUAAAAGUAUAGAAGUGAUAAGUAUUUCUACGAUUCUUAUGACGAACCAUUUACAGUAGAAUUUGUAAAAACACAUUAGUUUAUUACUCCGUACGAAUUAGAAAACAUUAAAUUUCCAGUAAAGUAUUGUACUUUUAAAAAAUGGCUCUAAUAGAGAAAUUGAAGAAGAUCCCACUUGGAAUAACUAAUAAUUUAGUUAAUUUAAUCCUUAGAAAAGUUACAAUAAUUAUGAAAUCAAAAGGAAAUCCCACGAAGGAAGUAUUAUAUACUUAUAAAUUAAUGUAAAUUUCGUUUUUUUUUUAAUCAAAUUUUAAAAAUUAAACAGUUGUGUGAAUAAUUAUUGCUUCAAUUUUUCUAUCGAUUAAUUGUUUUUUUCUUGUUAAUUUCGCACCUUACAUAAAUAGCUAUUUUUUUGUACUCUAUCUAUUCUAGAGAUUUCCAAGAAUAUAUAGAAUGUCAUUGUUUAUCAAAAAUAAGUUAAUAAAUUACAAUUUUACAUAGAUUUUUUAGAAAUUGAUCAGUGUACGAAUACCUUCUACACCCACUGUAUGUACAUGAAUAAACUUUACACUUAUAUAUAUGUAUAUAAUGAAAAAUUUAUUUGGAAACAUCGAAACUAUCAGACAAAUUCCUUCAAUAAACGCAGAGGCUACGAAUAUUUAUGGACUGACUGUAUAUUUCACUGUUUUAGUUGCUCCUUAUUAAAUUUUUGAUCUGAAAUUGCCAGACUGCGUCCUUAAAGUCACUCGAUCGCCAAGGCCACUCCCCCAUCGUGACUUUGCGCACGCAGCACGGAGAGGUGGGGAACCAAAUGGUGUGGUGGGGAUGACUCCUACGUGGCCUUGAGCGGCGAAUCGACGUUGUCGCGAUCGUGGACGAACCUCGAACGAAUUCCGACGAUAUUCGUUGUUGUUAGAGCUUCCUGCUCGAUAAUCGAGCCCGACCUGACUCGCGCGCGUCGACGAAUAGCAAGUGGAAAGCUCGUGAGUUACCGGAGUCAAGAUUCGCGGCGAAUGAUAGACAUCAUCGUCAUUCCUCAAAAGACUUAGCACGCACGUUCCUAGCAAUUCAUAAUUCGAUAUUUAAACGAAGACGAGGGGAUGGGGAGAGGGAGGGGGGGGAGGAAGAAGAAAGAACAAUUUCGACGAGCGUAUCGGAACGGGUUGUACAGUGCCAUUUGUACAGUUAUCUCGAUGGACGUCAGGUCGAAAACAGUCAUCGUCAUUCUCUGAACGAACCAGUAUUUAGAGCAGAGAUGAGAGAGUUUUACGAAGAACGUGUGAGGGGGAGGAUGUGAAGCUAGUUUUAUUCCGUUAAUUUAUUGUAAAAAUGUAAGAUAUCGUACAAUUGCGAUGUGCAAUAGAAUUUAUAUAUAUAUAUAAAGAUAUAUGGAGAGAAGUAAAUAGAAAAGACGUACCUGUGUAUAGGUACGCACGAAAUUGAUAAAACCGUCGUGUAAAUAAAGCGCAACUUAGCGAGAACGUCGUCUCGAUAGACUGUUUAAAAGUAAUUCAGUUAUUUAUUUACCUAUGCUAUGCGGAACGCUCGAUACGAUAUCGAGUACUUAUACCUUGUAAGGAUUAUUUAAAAAAAAAAAAACGAAUUAAAUAUUCCCACUAUCGCGAGCCACGUAUCACGACUUGUUUUAUAUUCGAACCGAUCCUACCCGUUCCUUUGAUCCGCACGAUUCGUUCCCAAACGCACCGACGACGACACCGUCGACAGAUAGAAACCCGAUUAAAUAAUUACGCCGGCACUGGGGAACCGAAUCAUCCGGGUAAUUAACGUCCUGUUCGCUGGCGGCGAACACGAUACCAUUUUUCCCUUUUCGGGGACAUCCGUGUAUUUCGAUGUUCGAACCUGGCCAUAUCUUCCCACCAGAGUUUGUAAUUUUAGAUUACCGUUGUACAGUAUUUGUGCCCUUCGAUGUUGUUCUAUAGAAACAUUAUUUUAUGAUAUUAAUUCUAGGAAGGCUAAUCCUGU